UCACGGUCGUGACCUCGGCGGCCGCUGCCGCUGGGGAUACAUAGAAAGAAGGUUUGCAGAGGCCAGUUCACCAAGCAAACGAGUAUCCAUACUCGUCGACUUGACAAAGGACAUGGGCAUGGAGCACAGUCAGUUUGGGCCCUUUGACGACAGGACAUCGAGACUCGACGUAUUAAGGAGAACACUGUACAGGCUGCUCAAGACUUUCCGGGUGGAAGACAGACUUGCCUUCACAACAUUUCCGGAUGCUGAUUUGGACGUGGGAGAGGAACUGGUGCGGAUGAUCACUGAUCCAUUACGUUGCAUAAAUGUUACAACAUCAAUGCAGAAGAUGUCGCCACUGAACCCCAAGGAAGACCUCACAGAGGGUAUUCAACGAGCUGUGUCAAAACUACGAGACAUGUGGAGAGCAUCAAAUGCACAAGAUGAGCCCGAGGUGUUGUUGGUCUUUACUCGGGGCAAAGUUGAUGUGGAAACUGCAGCAGCUGCAAUCAAUGCAUACAAUAAUGAGACUCAAAGGAACCUCGCAGUUUUCGUCUACGGGGUGGAUGUGACCAACUUCAACGACUUUGCCAACUAUACGAAGCUGGCGGCAGCUGUUAAUGGCACAGCAACACAUCUUGGAAUGAGCGAUCCUUUGUUGGGCAUCUAUUCCUAUUUCAAUUACCUCGCACAGUUCCGCCGCAAUGUGACUGAGCCAUUUUUUGCUGAGAAAUACAGAGACGUAACUGAUCGUGGAAAUGCCACCACAGUUGUGAUGCCAGUUUUCGAUUCGCCCGGGCGUUUCAUCGGAGUGGCCGCAAUCGAUCUUCGCCAGCAAAGUCCUGAGAACGAGACGACAGUGAACUCGCUGAUCGCUGGCAAGGAGAAUGACAAACCCAAACCAGCAAUAUUGGGAAACCUAAGGGAUACACUAAAAUUGCCGGACUGCUCUUCGGACACAUGGCCAUGCUAUGACGGCUUCGGUAACAUCAGCUGUGACACCCGUGCGGAGCAAUUUGCUGUAAAAAAGGAGCAUGUGAUACGGGAAAGCACAGAUGACCAGCCUAAUAGGUGUGUCAAGUGCUGUGGAAACUGUGGGGGCUGUGGAGGUGGAGGUGGAGGUGGAGGUGGAGAUGGAGAUGGAGGUGGAGAUGGAGGGGGAGGUGGAGGUGGAGGUGAGGGUGGAGGUGGAGGUGGAGGUGGUCUGAAACUAUGGGCUAAAGUGGUAAUACCGCUAGCUGCUAUUCUAGUUGCAGCAGUCGCAGCAGUUGUUCUUCUUCGAAUUUACUAUCAGCAUUGCCACGGAUCACGCCCUUCUCAAAAACCUUACCCACACUUAGUCCGAAUACCAGGUGAAAAGAUACAUUCAUGACCUUUUCAACGUAUUUUCCUGUCAAAAAAUUGCAGCAGAUUUCGAACAGUUUCCAGCAGAGUGGGAUGCAAGGCAGACAUAAAUGCAGUCCACAGAGAGAGAGAGAGAGAGAGAGAGAGAGAGAGAGAGAGAGAGAGAGAGAGAGAGAGAGAGAGAGAGGAUGACAUUGUGCAUUCCUAUCAAUCCUCUGUGGUUCUCACAUGCGUGCUAUUUUCUCACACAUUCUGUGUGAAUGUGAACCAUGGCAUGCACAAUUUGAUACAAGACACAAUCUGACACAUAUAUACCUGUAUAAGCUCAUAUAGGCCAGUGAGGGAUAUAUAUAAGCUGCCCUGACUCUUCCUUUACAUGUAGGGAGACAACACUGUAGACAAGAAUCAGUAAAUCAAUGCUGCCCUCAGAGUGACAGGAAACAGCAACGGGGCACAUCUCUCACACCACUGUCCUCUCCAAUUUCAGAUUGUAGAUUUGUCCGUUAGUGACAGUGACUAAUGGCAUACUCACACUGACAGUUUCCUCAAUGCAUCUGACCACAAUUACGGACCCGCACCGAUGAAUUUGACAGCAAUAACGUCCAGGGCUUAGUUAAAGAAGCCAUACCAGUCUGAGUACACCCUACUAUAAUGGCUGUUUGCGAAGCCAGAUGCAAAUUGAAUUUCUCAUGUGUGUAUAGUAUAUACCUAGGCUAUUGUACCAAUCCUGCGGCAAGGGUAAAUUUAAACUUAAUAAAACCAAGAUCACCGUAGGAAAUGAACUUGGAUGAGGAGAAGUUUUGUUGCAGCUUUGGUUGUGAAGACAUGAGUUUUUUUUUUUUUUUUUUUUUUUUUUUUUUUUUUUUUUUAAAGACAUGAGUUUCAGGUGUAUACAAAAUGAGAUUGAAUUUCUCAUGCGUAAAGAUCGAUUUGUAAACUUUAAGGUGGCUGUCUACAAACAUUGAUGGAAAGUUGAAGAUUGAAGUUGUAGCCUCUUACUAGCCUGUAGGUGUACCAACAGUGAUGAGUGUAAAUAGCGAGUAGGUGAUAGUUAUGAUAGCUACUGUAGAAAUCCCGGGAGGGUGUAACCAAGAAAGGAGGAAAAUGUAAUAUAGUUGGAUGAGGAUUCGUUUCGUGGCUGCGGCGGUUUAUAAGAGGAUGCACUUUCAGAGACAAGUUGGGAAACUGGACUCAGGAGAUGAUGCAUCCUCGGUACAAUCUGAGCGAUGCAACUGGAGCCAAGGGAUCAGCAAAGUGAUGACAAGGACUCAAAUGGACAAAUUAAAUGCAGCAUCAGCGAAGCGUCAACAAGCAAUGUGCAUCCAUAUAAUUGCAAAAAUAGCACAAUGUGGCACAGAGGAAGGCUCAGAGAUAUGUCCUGACCUGUCAGACACUGACGCGACCCGGUGCAACAUACACCACAGAUGUGAGAGAGAAGGCAGGGACCUCAUACAUGGAAGAAAGAACCCUCCUUGAACACGCACAUUGGGAGAACCGCAGAUGAGGGGAUGGAGAAAGAGCAAGACAAAGACGGAGAUGAGGCAGAAGAUGAAGAUCGCAACAGCGCAGCCCUAAAAUAGUCUCUCAGUCGAAUGUCCAAUCAAUGUCUGCCCCUGAG